GCAGCUUCAGAAGAAGAAGCAACGGGAAGAGAGCGAGAGUUGCAGAUCCCAAAGUUGAAUCGGAGAUGGUCGGAAUCAAGAAAGAGAGAGUGGCUACUGGCUGAUCUUUUGCUUCAAGAGCAUCGAAAUCAAAACCAGAAUGCGAUUUCUUCAUCGCUGGCGAUGAUGCUAACUCGGAUCAAUUCUUCUUUGAGGAAUGUAAUCCGAUCGAACAAUUUGUUGGGCACGUCCGGAAUGACUUUCGGAAUCUAAUGUUGUCGUCCGUUGAUCCGUAUUUCGGUUUUUACAUGCAGGAAGCGAUAUUGAUGGGUGUGUCGGAGAUUAAAGAUUGCUGAUUUAGUGAUGGGUUAACUAGCUGUCGGGCUGAUAUGCUGUUCUGCAAAAUGAUUGAUCUUUCUGAACUCUAGUUGGUAAUGUGUGCACUUGUGAACAAGUUGGGGGUUGCUUUGGAGUGGAGAAUUUUUCAUUGUUGGAAAGGGGUCUUUGUCAAAUGCAGAUAUUCUUUAAGAAUUUGAAGGUUGGGUUCUCUGAUGGAGCAUACCGCAUAGCGGAAUCAUCGGUUUCUGCAUUGGAUUGCGAGUGGAUUAUGCGAAGCGUGCGAUUGUCUAAAUAAAGUUCGUGGAUUUCGGGUUACUCAGAAGCACCUUGGUUGAUGUUUUCUCUCCUACCGAAGAGCGCCAUUCCUCGUCUCCUGUGCAUUUUGGGGAAAUUCUGAAACGUCUGUAAAGGGUGUGACUAGGAGGAAAAUGGUUGGUCGGGACAUAGAGAUGCUUCGAAGAUGAGAAGGGGUUACUUCGUGAAGAAUUCGAUUGCUUUCGUGUGCAUGGUUGUUUCGCUGUGUUGCUUUCUCAUACUGUUUCUUUCGACACUCAAGCUUCCAGAGGUAUCAUCCAGUAAUGAUGCUGUGAGAUCUCACCGGACUACAAAAGACAGGAAAUUCUCUGAGAAUUGGCAUUUAGGGAUGUUCGGGAAUAUGUUGGUGGAAAUGCUGCCACAAGACCUUGCUUUCACCAUCUUUGUCCCUUCGGAGAAAGCAUUCUGGCGUGAUCUGCGGCUGAACGUGAAUGAAAGUUUUGCUGCAGAGAACAUAAACAACACCUACGCGAUUGUUUCGCGUGUCCUCGGAUUCUCUGCUGUCCCUCGAGCUCUUACCUCAGAUGCAGUGCCUGUAGGCAAGGAGAUCUCUUACGAUUCCUUGUCAGGGUUUACUUUGUAUAUAUCAAAGGCUGUCAAUGGAAAGAUAGUAGUCAAUAGAGUCCAAUCCGAAAGUUUGGAUAGAAGGAAGGGCGAGAUUGUUGUGCAUAUCAUGGAUGGAGUCAUCAUGGAUGCUGAUUUUAAACAAUCGGUUCAGCCAGAUUAUGAUGAAGGCCGAUGACUGCAAGCCACGGACGCAUUGAACUGAUGAUGUUCUUUCCCGCUAAUCACAAGUGGUCAAGUACCAAUCGAACACAAAUGACUGUUGCGCAGGAGCGAAAUAUUGUCUAGCAUAUACAGUGUUGACAAAAUUGGAAAGCAGAAGUGUGUAAACUGUCUCUCUCUCUCUCUCUCUCUCUCUGUUGGGGUGUUUGUCUCUGUCAAAAACAAACACCGUUGAGCAUUUUCAUGUCAAAUUGACCAACUAUUCGACAGCACUGGCAUCUCCAUUUAGUAAAAAAGGGCUCCAAAGGGAGAGUUGCUACUGAAUAAAGGCAAAGUCUCCGAGCAAA